AUGCUCAAGUGCUUGCCGCUGCUGUGGCGCGACCCCAUGCAAUGGGGUUUCAUCUGCACCGCCUCAUUCGUACAUGCCGUCAGUUGCUUUAUGCGCUACAUGGGAGUUGCAUGUGUUGCCAUUGGCAUGGCGCUUAUCUUCCUCGUGGGAGGGCUUUUUAUGCACGCGAUCAUCCCUAUUAUGGCGAAUACGACAUUACAGUUGUUGUGCCAUCUCGCCCUAUCAACCGUGCUGCUAUUUAACAUCUACUUUAAUUACGCGCUCUGCUGCGCGACGGACCCGGGCGUGAUUACAGACAAGUGGAACAUAGAGACGGACGGACAAGUGGAGACUGCUGAAGAUGGUGAACUACAAGUACACAAGAAAAAAGUGGCUCUAAAGCAAGUCAAAGAUGACGAGGAUAAUGAACUGGACGAUGUCGAGCUGGGACUUCUGCCUCGGAUUCGACCGAGUGCCGUGGCUCUAGACGGGAAGAAAACUGACAUCAAUUGCGUGAAAUUAUCACCUGCGCAACUGGUGAACCCACCGAGUGUGCACGUAGCCAGGCAACGUGGUCGACGCCCGCAGGCCGAAGGCGGCGUUUCGUACUGCCGGAGAUGUCGCCACUUUCGACCGCCGCGAGCUCAUCACUGCACAGUGUGCGAUCGAUGCAUCGCUCACUUGGAUCACCAUUGUCCGUGGGUGAAUAACUGCAUUGGACGCAACAACUACCGAUACUUUUUUUCGUUUCUGGUGUGGCUAGCAGUGGGUUGCUAUUACGCCGCUUAUAUGAGCUACAUGGUGGCGUAUGCUGAACUGGAUGCGAAUCAAUAUGCGAGAAUGCUCGUGCUUGCUCAAGUGAGUUCAUUUCACGUGUCCGCGCCGGAAAUGCUCCAGUUCGCUUUUGCAAUCUCGGCGGCCGCGGGCGUAGCUGUUACGAUCCUUGCAACCUGGCAUGGCUUCCUCAUUGCUACGGCGCAGACGUCUGUGGAGCUGCAAAUCAAUCGCUAUCCACGCAAUCAACGUCUGCAUGGCGAAAAAGUAGUUAGCCCGUAUUCAACUGGAAGCAUAAACGGCAACUGGGAACUCGUGUUUGGCCGGAGCAAGUACAAGAUUCUGUCGCUUUUGCCAAGUACGCGUCUUCCGCCAAAUCCGUGA